AUGCCGUCGAUCACCCCCAUCAUCGUUGCCGCAAUCCUCGGCUUCGUGCACUUAGCCCACAGCCAGACCAAUAUCACAGCCAGUGCUUGUGCAGCCUCAUCCGUUUACUCGACCUGCAAUCGCGACGUCGCAGACAAGUGGAGCUCCUGCCUAAGCAAAUGUAAUGGCGACGCCAAUUGCAGCGUAGACUGUGGCUGUGUCGCGCACCAAGAGUAUAUCAACUGCAUGGCCCACUCAUGCUGGAACCAGGUCUACUCAUGCGAAUACCAACUCUUCGUCCAGCAGUAUUUCGCCAUCUGCCCCAGCGCCAUCGAGCCAAUCCCCUUCUGGCCAGCCCCAGAUGAUGCGCCGAACCGCUGCUCCUGUGAUCUAGGCAAGGUCCUCCAAAGCACAUUGACCGCACGGAAGGAACAAGUCUCCUGUAUCAUGAACGUGACCGACCAAAUAGUAAACACCGCCACAAGCGCCGUAACAAAUCUAGGCAACCUAGCCAACAUCGCCAACAAUGCUUACACAGCUACGGAGUGUGCAUGCUGCGGAAGCAGCGCCAGUCUCUCAGCUUCCUGGCAAGUCUGCCCAAACACAGUCCCCCGCCUCGCAGGCGCAGAUCUCUGGGGCAUAUUCUUCCCAUCCGACUACCCAAAUCUUUACGACUCGAUUCCAAACUUUGCCUGGGACUCCUGCGACAGCUCGCUUAGCUCAACGGAUUGCCAGAAUAUCGGGUUCACGGAUCCUUCGGAUAAAUUCUAUAGACCGGGCGAUUUCCCUUCGAAUGGUACUUCGACGCUCAGUAAUGUUGGUGGAACGGUUUCGGCGCCGCCUAGUGGGACGGUGAUUACUUGGUCGCAGUCUACUAAUACGUGGACUGUUACUGCUACUGGAUAUGAUGAUAAGGCUGUUGCUAGUCAGAGUGAGUAUCGGGCUACGGCUACGGGGACUGGAGCGUUUGCAACGGAGACGUCGACUUCGACUUCCACUUCUGACAGCACUAGUGCGGGGGCUGUGAUUAGGCCAGGGAUUCUUUGGGUUGUUGGAAUUGUGGGGAUUUUGGUGAUGUGA